AUGGAUCUGGAAACUGAAAACCGAAUAGCGUCGGUUCUUUUGAGAGAAGCAGCAGAAUUGAGGAGACAAGCUGAAAGAGAAGGCGUCCGAGCUUAUCUCGAGAAGCCUAAUGUAAGGUAUCGACCUAACUCAAGAUUCCUCACAGCAACUGUUCUUGGCGUUCAGCAAUGUAUGCUUCUUCUGCUGACCCUUUUCUUUUGUUCAUUACACAUGCUCGUUUUUACCGAUUGUGGGGAUACACCUUUCUCUUUCCAUCAGCAAGCUAGUUUCAAGUAA